UCAAGACGCGCAGCUGCACCUCAGACUGGGCUGGGCAGAGCGCGCCGCUCCGAGCACAAGAGCGCACGGAUGUCAUUUAUGGAAUAAACAUACUGGGAUUUAUUAGAAUGGCCUAGAGAGAGACAUCAGGAGCAAAAGAGGAGGCCUGGUUCAGUCAAGAUGAGUUUGACAUCCUGGUUCUUGGUGAGUGGAGGGGGAAUAAGGCACCGCCUUCCCAGAGAAAUGAUCUUCGUGGGACGGGAUGACUGUGAGCUUAUGCUCCAGUCUCGCAGUGUAGACAAACAGCAUGCUGUCAUCAACUAUGAAGAAGCUACAGAUGAACAUAAAGUUAAAGACCUGGGGAGUCUGAACGGGACAUUUGUCAAUGAUGUUCGCAUCCUGGAACAGCAGUACAUUACUCUGAAAAUGGGGGACAAGCUGCGGUUCGGCUAUGAUACCAACCUGUUUACCGUUUUACGUGGAGAGCUACAUGUUCCAGAGGAAGCGCUGAAGCAUGAAAAGUACACCAGCCAGCUUCAGCUCACCAAGAAGCCUUCGCCAUCAGGAGAAACCACCAAAAGUCCAGAAGUCAAAGGAGCAGAAGGAGGAAAAGAGACUGAGGUUAGACCAUCAGAACCAGCACCAAAGACAGAAGAGAAGGUGUCAGGGGACAUAGCUGUGCUCCACAGAGGAACCCCGCUUUACGGACAGCCAUCUUGGUGGGGUGAUGGAGAUGCAGAUGAUGAAAAUUCUAUUAAACACGAUGCAAAGCAAGCUAGAUGUGAAGCAGGCCGUAAAGAAACAGCUACAAAGUCGCAGAUGGGACCAGAAACCACACAGAAUUUGGGAACCCAGGAACCAAGUUACUUUGAGAUCCCCAGUAAAGAGACUCCUCCAGUAGGGGAAGAAACAAGAGAAAGUCUACAAGCAAGCUCAGAAGCAGUUUUGACAACCCCGGCGCUGGAAGGUGGCACUCACGGACAUGCCUCCUUCACUAUUGAGUUUGACACAGCGGCUUCAGGGAAGGGAAACAAAGUUUCGAAGAGUAACCAAGACCUUCGCCCGCGGCCCAAAAGAGGGGCCGGGGAGGAGCUGAGUGCCUUGCAGGCUGCCAUGGUGGCAGCGGAGGUAAAGGUGGCAGACUGGCUGGCACAGAAUGAACUGCCAAUAGCCCGCUCUGAAUCUGUUGCUGAGGAGGAUGGAGACAGCGUGAAGAGUGAUGUGCCGGUUCAGCUGAGGAGCCUCAGAGGUAAAGGCAGUAAGCAUGAGGAUGGCACACAGAGUGACACAGAGAAUGCACUGGGAGAGCAACUCAGUAGCCGCAGGACAUUUCUGCAGGAGCGCUACAAAGGAAGGCAGGCCGUGCAGAGGACAGAAGGCCCUGUCUGUGGGAGGGAGGAUCUCUUCCAGUACAAACCAUCAUCUGCAGCUAGAAAGAUGGCACCAAUAGGGGGGGAAGUUAGCAAAAAAUCUAGCCGUUCUUCACCACAGAAGACCAACGUGCCUAGAGAGCAAAGCACUGGGUCUCAAGAGACUCCGAAUAGAGGGCAUAUAGAUGACCAAAGCGACAGAGGGACCUACACCAUCGAGCUGGAAAAUGGCAGUGCUGAGGUGGAAGAGGCCAGGCGUAUGAUUGAUAAGGUUUUUGGUGUGGAAGAUAACCAAGCACUGACAAAGCUGCGUUUUCCAAAACACCAGAAAGAUAGAGGAACCAUAUGUCCAAGAUCUGGAGCCAUGGAAACCAGACAAACUGGCUAUGUUGGUGCAGAGGCACUACCAGAUGACUUGGUUGUAGUUGGUGGUCCAAGGUGGGUCUCACAGUGGGCUAGUCUAGCUGCAAGUCAUAUACGAACUGACCCUGAGGGGUCCGGAGCUGAACCCACCAUGCUUUCCACAGAUGAAAAAGAAACAAAAGCAUCUGAAAGGAAGAGAAGGACACUACCGCAGCUCCCUUCUGAAGAUUCUACUAUGGAUCCACUGGCUCCUGAGGUCACACAGAGACAGUUUGGGCAAACAGCUUCUUCAUCGGAGAAACAGGAUCUAGAACUUCAGGAGAAAGUAGAUCAGCUAAAUAGAAUUUCUAAGACAGGACCAAGAGUUUCAGCAAUGGCUUGCACAGAAAAAGAUCGGUCUAAAGUGAGCAAGCCAACUCCACCUAGAAUACAGAAUAAAGUUGGUCAAACAAGAGCUCAAGCUGGUCAGAUCGAGAAAAAACAAGAAGAUGGGAGACGGAAAAAAGGAGAUGAAGACAAAGAGAAGACAGGGAAGCCAUUACUAAGGCAAGAGAGCUUUACAGUGGAACGGCCAAGUGCUAAUGUCCCCCUAGAGCUCAUUCCUUGCAUUGAUGGGCCUGGUGCCUCAACUCAACCUAGGGAAAUGGGAGUCAUCAGUGAGGUCAUUGAUGCUUCCACAAUGCAGAAAGACUCAGAGGCUGUGGCUGCUUUUCUGGAAACCACUUUAUCAGACCUAGCAGAUCCCCCAAGCUACUCCCUGGAGGGGUCUGCCUCACCCGAAUCAGACAUUGAUACAACAAGUACAGUCAGCCAAGCUGGGGGAGAAGGAGGUCGUAAGACAGCCCAAAAGAAGCGAUUAGCUGGACGUGAAACAACAAAUAAAAACGCCGGUGCUACAGAAAGGAAGGGCAAAGCUCAGCCCUCUGGUUCUGCUGGUUCCAGAGCUUGGACAUCUCUUGACCUGACAGAUGAUGACUUGAGCUCUUCCCUUGCCCAGGAUGCUACUUCAGUAAAGCGACCCCAGGGUAGGGGUCAAAAUAUCAGCUCUAAGGCUGAGCAAACAAGUGGCAAGACCAAAGGACCAAAGACAAGUGUAACUCCUGCAGCCCCCACCUCUAAACCAACAACACUUCCCCGCCCUCGACCGACACGGGCUUCCAUUCUUCGGCGGGCACGAUUAGGUGAAACUUCUGAAACUGAUCUUGCUGAUGUUGAUCGAAUGUCUGUUGCAUCAGAAGCAUCUACUGCCAGCUCUGCAUCAAGACCUUCAGCUGGACGCAGGACCCUCUCUCGGAUUGAAGCUCUUGCUCAGCCAAGAAGACCAAGAGUGUGCUCUCCUUCAGCUCGGAGUGACUCAGAGGCAACAUCAGGCAAGAUCAGGGGCUUUGCCCCACGUCCUGCCCCUGAGAGCGCACUUCGGCUUGGUCUCCGCUCUACUGGAGUCUCGACAACUGCAGCAGUCCCCAGAGCGAGAGCUAACAGUGCUUCCAAAUUGCCUGAUAAAUGUCCUGGUACUCUCCAUGUUCAAAGUACACCUGCAGCUGGGGGAAGGUGGCGCCGGGUGCCGAUUGAAUAUGCUUCUACCUCAGAAGAUGAGUAUGGCUCCAAUCGACACCCCUCUCACCACACACGCCCACGCCCAAUGGCUCCACGGGUGACCCAGCUGGGUGGUUCAGCCCCUGCAACACCCAGCCCUGGAGGCAUGUCCAUGUUACGACACCAGUCAAGCAGAGAGCAGGAUGAUUACAUGAGAGACUGGACUGCCCACAGUGAGGAGAUUGCCAGAAUCAGUCAAGACCUGGCUAAAGAUCUGGCAAUGUUAGCGCGUGAAAUCCAUGAUGUUGCUGGCGAGAUUGAUUCCGUUAGUCCUUCCUCCGCUCCCUCGGCUUCAGUUGAGGACCGUGUGUUUGAGGAUGUUCUGGGUAGCGCUCCAGAGAUCAGUGGCAGAGGAGUGGAACUUAGGCCUCGUGGUGCCAUCAGCAGUCAAGAUCCCCGUGCCAUCCGUCGUAGGACCUGGAGCAGAGAUGAGGGUGUUCUGGACAGUUUGUUGUUGGCAUCAGUCUCACAGCUCUCAGCAAAAAUCAAACAGGCAGUGGAAAAGACAGCCAACAAAAUCAGAAUUUUAUUCAAAGACAAGGACCGAAAGUGGGAGGAAAUUGAAAGUAAACUGCGGGCAGAAAACGAGGUGCUUCUCCUCAAGACUUCUAAUCAGGAGAUUUCCUCCAUACUACAGAAUCUGAAGAGAGUGGAGCGACAGCUGCUCGUUAUUGAUAUCAUGGUGGACCCUGAUGGCACAUUGGACGCUCUGAGCAAUCUGGGUUUGACCAGUCCACUUAUGGCUGAAAACAGAGUUAGUCCGGGCUCACAAGGUCCAGCUGGCAACCAGGCGGCAGAAGCAUCGGCCAGUAUAACCGCAUUGCCUUCUGCAUAUUCAGAGGUCGCAGAACGAGAUCUUGGCUUGCAGGAGCGGAGCAAAGAGCAGAACACUGUCCAUCAAAACUGAUUUACUCCCAACAGUUUACACAGACAUCCUGCACGGGAUUCCUGAAGCCAAGUGAACAGGACUUUUAUGUGAAUAAUGUGAGGUAUGCUGUAAAACUUCCUAUAUGGCAUUGCAUUUAAACACAGUACGUAUAUCCAUGGACAUAUUUUCAGUAAUUAAAGAAAAUAUUUUGAAAUAUCAA